UUUCUUCUGGCAGGCUGUCUCUCCUACCUACCAAUAUCGAUACCUUGACUCUUGUAGGCAGAGUCACGAGACUCCUAGUCAGACCAGGAUCUUUCCUUUCUCUCCUACCUGCUAUGUAGCUCCUGCUCAACAAGCCGCUAGUGAAUUCUUUAUCAAGUUCUCAAAGGACUUCACCGCUACAUCGUCGGCCUCCCUUAUCAGCAUCGUCGUAUAACAUCCAGCACAGAGUACUAACAUCAAACUCGGGGCCUAGCGACAAAAAAGAAGUGAAAACCUAAGGUAAAAAUUGCUCCGAGGUUAGCCAAACCUGGAACUAAUAAUGUUCUCCGAAUAUGCUUCUCGAUUCCUCGCACAAUCGCAGUCUCGGGUGGUGAUCCAUUCCGAUGACACUCGCAGAAAAGGCCAUGGACGCUUGAUCCAGCAACCUGUAAAUCCACGGCCCCUUGGUUCACGGUCAUUCCUCCAACGAGCAGCCCUUGGUCCGUAUCAAACAGCCGCUUCGCAAGUCUCCAAUUUUACACCGGGGCUGCGAAAUUCGGUUCAGCAAGCACCUCUGUUUUUCAGUGCUACUGAUGAUUUUCAAGAGGACGACGAAACCGAGCACGAGCGGGAAAUUGCGGAUUUCUACGCCCUACAGAAAUCCAGACGACAUUUUGGGAUCAACCGCUUAAGGGACUCUUUAGAAAAUGACGAAGACGAUAAGCUUUCUUCGAGCCCAGAGAACUCCGUGCCUCAGCAUUCUUCCCGGACAGUCUCCAAGGGCAAGGCUAUCUGGAGCUCGUGGCGCGAGAGCAGUCCCAAUAAAGAAGCAAGAAGGCCACAAAAUCUUGAAUACGAUGAGCUUCAGGACGAUGUUUGUGCGGAGUACACAAGUUUCCGAAGAGGAGACAAUCUCGUCGAUGUUCGUUUGGAGGACACGCUUGAACCGGACAUCCGUUCCGAGAGAGCUGCAUCUCCCGAACUAGGCGAUGACAAGCCGCCCUCAGUUCAACGCUUUCGAAAACAACCAAAAUCUCCACGAAACACUCCUGGAAUAGAAUCAAUACCCGUGUCACCGGGGUCAGACCACGCUGGGUUGCAGGGUCUUCCCCGUCAGGCGAGUCCCCCGGCUUCAUAUCAGGCGUCUAUGGUAUCAGUUGGGGUCGGAUCACCUGCCUAUGACGCGUUCUGGGGCCAGCUUUUUCUGAUAUCUAGUGCUUGCAUGUUGGCAACUUCGUUCCUUAUCUAUCUUCACACCUCUACGCCCGCCGACCUUCCGAAAUGGGGUGAUACAGUAUACUCGACUAUUCACAACUCGUUCUUUAGGUUGGCAAUUUUCACACUGUUCUCAAUAUCUUUAUCUCUGCUCUGGCUCGCGUUGUUACGGUCCUAUGUACGCCCUCUAGUCUAUUCCAUUAUAUUCGUUGUCCCCGCAAUACUGUACUUUUUCUCACUCUAUUCCUUCAUCUCGAGUUUUCGUGGCCCCUGGCACGGUUCGAGCAUCCAGGACAAAGUCAUGAGGUGGGGUUCGGCUAUCCCCUUUGUGAUAGCAAGUGUUUGGGUUUAUAACGUCGUUCGCAGCCGUCGAGAUAUAGGGAGAGCGGUAGGCAUACUUCAAUUUGCCUGCCGUAUCCUUGCUGUUCACCCCGAGCUGCUGAUCUUUGGCUUGGGCGUCCUUUCGCUCAUUGUUGCGUGGACAUGGGGCUGGAUGCUCAUGUUCACGCGUGUGUUUUUAGCAGGAAGCAUUUCAGGAUCUAUGCUCUUCUUUGUGGAUCCGAGCAGUUGGUGGUUAGGUGCAUACUAUGUCAUGAUCUACCUGUGGUCUCUGGGGGUCCUGGCUGGUAUUCAACGUGCGGUCACAGCUGCAACAGUCAGUCAGUGGUAUUUUCACAGAUUAACUACGCCUGCUCCGACAUCCAGACAAAUAGUCCAAGCCGCCACACACUAUUGUCUCACCACAUCUUUUGGCACGGUCUGCUUGUCUAGUCUUUUGGUUUUGCUGAUUCGCCUUCCUCUUCUGCUGCUUCCCGGCCGGAUCUCUUCUAUUCUUAAUCUCUGUGCCUACUCUCUUAUUCCGACUCCAUUGGCCACGAUUACAAAUCCCCUUACCCUCACUUAUGCUGCAAUUCAUUCCCAGCCGCUUGCUGUAUCGGCUCAUGGUUUGAUGCAGAUGACAAAUCUUACACCAUCAGUAGCCAUAUCAUCUCUUCACCCACGGUCUUUCGGUUGGUCUCGUGAACAGUGCGCAUCUCUUGUCUCAUAUCGGCUAUCUAAACUUAUCCUCCAUGCUGCGCGCCUUAUGGUGUCACUAGCGCUUGGUUUCGGAGGCUGGGUCAGUACUGCACGGAACUUUCGCGUGCCAAGUGACAAUGGUGUGGUUCGCGGCAGUCUCUAUGCUUACAUGGUAGGGCUGAUUGCUGGAGCCAUCGGUUGGAGCAUUCUGGGAGCCAUUGAGAGUGUCGUUGCUGAUAUUGUUGACGCGUCCAUCAUUUGCUGGAGUAGUGAGGUUGGUGUCUAUGGUACCGAGGCCAGAUACUGCCGGGAAGCUGGUUGGCUUUUUGGGCAGGAACCUGCUCCUUCGGUCAGCUGUACAGAUUUUAACGAAGCUUGACCCGAGAACCUCAUAUACUGAUCUCUGCCCACAGGCUGGUUAGGCCAACAAGCAUAUCUGCUUGCACAACUUUGUCACAUGCAGCAACCUAAGAACCGUCAUCGUCUUACACGUGCGAACUUAAUUUGAGCAGACAUCAAAACCUUUGCAUCUUUCCAGCCCAGUCUUUAUAGAAACGCUCUUAGCAUGUUGAUCACAUUUACAUGUUCUUCAUCUUCCUAUCUAAUUGUAUCAUGCAUUCUGAUAAAUUAUGUUUUCCGGUCAUGUUCUUCUUCAAAGUCAUUGAUCCUUUCUCUUUGCCGAUCUACCUCACAGACUUAUGUUUCUUUCUCUGAGAAUGAUUGAUUAUUAUGGCAUGUAGGUGAUUAUUAAACCAUGUACGGUUUGGAAAGAGCCAUAGCUCAAGAUAUCAAGCGGAG